GGACUUCAUAACCAUCUUCAACCGUAUAUACGUGAACCGCCUAUUCCCGCCUUUUUGGCACCAACUGACGCUGCACUGCGGAUGGAACGGCACCGGCGCGGGGGGCCCAUACUGGAGCGCCGCAGCUUCCCAGCAGCCGCCCGGCAACUUCCAGUCAUCCACGUGGUGCUGUAAUCCACAGUUCAGGAUCACGGCCAGGAAAGCCUGCGAGGUGCUGUUGUGCCUGCAGCAGAAGGACCCGCAGAUCUGUAACGGCGGCCACGUGCCCAAGGGCGAUCGCGACCUGUCAUACGGCAUGACCGUCAUUCGGGUUCGCCCCGACGAGAUCGGCCGCAUAUGGAAGUUGCAUCCUGGUGACGUGGCGCAUGAGUCGGGACUGACGUCAUCGAGGGAGACCGUCGUCGCCCUCAGGCUCAACGCCGCGGAGGCCUUUGUGGCCAUUCCCUACACAAGUCAGCAGGGAAUGGAGGCGCCUUUCGUGCUUCGGACGUUCAGCAGCGUCCCCAUCGAAAUUGAGCAGCUUCCCGCGCCGCUGUCUCUCGUCGUUUCCGGAUACUGGACAGGCGCAUCCGCCGGAGGCAGCCGGCACAACCCCACGUGGGGAUCCAAUCCGCAG